AUGAAGAAAUCUUUUAAUAACAGAAGCAAGGAGUCCAACUGUAAUAAAUCAAGCAUUUUCUCAGAUACCUAUAUGUUCUCAAUGGAUACAGUAAACAUAAACCCCAAACCUUUCUCAUGUUCAGAAUGUGGAAACUGUUUUGUCACCAAUGCAGAGCUUGUCAGUCAUCAGAGAACUCACACAGGAGAGAAACCAUUCUCAUGUUCUGUAUGUGGAAAUGGUUUUCGUCAAUAUGCAAAUCUUGUUAGACAUCAGAGAACUCACACAGGAGAAAAGCCUUUCUUAUGUGGUAAAUGUGGAAAAUGUUUUGCCAGCAAAGGAGAGCUUGCUUGUCAUCAGAGAACUCAUACAGGAGAGAAGCCGUACUCGUGUUCUGAAUGUGAAAAAUGUUUUAGUCAACACGCAAAACUUGUUAGACAUCAGAGAACUCACACAGGAGAUAAACCAUUCUCAUGUUCUGAAUGUGGAAAAUGCUUCAUCACCAAAGCAGAGAUUGUCCGUCAUGAAAGAACUCACACAGGAGAGAAACCAUUCUCAUGUUCUGAAUGUGGAAAAUGCUUCAUCACCAAAGCAGAACUUCUUCGUCAUCAGAGAACUCACACAGGAGAGAAACCAUUCUCAUGUUCUGAAUGUGGAAAAUGUUUUAGGCAACAUUCAAAACUCAUCAGUCAUCACAUAACUCACACAGGAGCGAAGCCCUUCUCAUGUUCUGAAUGUGAAAAAAGUUUUGUCACAAAUGCAGAUCUUGUCCGGCAUCAGAGAACUCACACAGGAGAGAAACCAUACUCUUGUUCUGAAUGUGGUAAAUGUUUUGGGCGACAUUCAGAACUUGUCAGUCAUAAGAGAACUCACACAGGAGAGAUACUGUUCUCUUGUUCUGAGUGUGGAAAAUGUUUUGGGCACCAUUCAGAGCUUGUCCGUCAUCAGAGAACUCACACAGGAGAGAAACCGUUCUCAUGUUCUGAAUGUGGAAAAUGUUUUGGGCGACAUUCGGAACUUGUCCGUCAUCAGAGAACUCACACAGGAGAGAAACCGUUCUUAUGUUCUGAAUGUGGAACAUAUUUUGUCACCAAAGCGCAACUUGUCCGUCAUCAUCGAACUCAUACAGGAGAGAAACCGUUCUCAUGUUCUGAAUGUGGAAAUUGUUUUGUCAUCAAAGCGCAGCUUGUCCGCCAUCAUAGAACUCACACAGGAGAGAAAUCAUUCUCAUGUUCUAAAUGUGGAACAUGUUUUGUCACCAAAGCGCAGCUUGUCCGUCAUCAUAGAACUCAUACAGGAGAGAAACCGUUCUCAUGUUCUGAAUGUGGAAACUGUUUUGGGCAACAUUCAAGUCUUGUUAGACAUCAGAGAAGUCACACAGGAGAGAAGCCUCUCUAA